UGCGGUGAAGUAUAUGAGGUGGACGAUACUAUGUUUGCGAAUCUCGAUGUGCUAGAGGAUUACCCUGACUAUUACGAUCGUGAAAUACAACAAGUAAAAUCUAAGGAUAAUAUAUCUAUUGACUGUUGGUUAUAUUUGAUUAAGGAAUUUCCGGAACAGCUACUCUUAAAGCGCCAUCUGGAAUCGUAUCAUAAUGCGGAAACACAACCAUAUUGUGAAAGUUAUUUGGACAGCUCCAAGAACGAUAUGUAUGUAGAGAACGAGUUAAAUAUUGUUAAAGGAACGUCCAAUUCUAAAGACGGUAGUUAGAGCAUAACCAAAAUAAGCCAAAUAAGUAUAUUUGUGCAAUAAACCAUUGUUAUAAAUACAUAAUACA